UCUCUCUCUCUCUCUCAUCUCUUUCUUUCCUUGUGGAGGUUUCUUCUUCUCCUCCUUGUAUUGUUGAAUCUCUUCCGAGAUGCUCAGGGAAAGAAUUCAUCCGAUGAUCGGAAAAUUGUCGGAGCUUCUCGUGUCGGUUAACCGAUCAACCCCUUUUUCCGAUUCCAUUUCCAUGACGACAGGUCCAAGAACCCCUCUUGAUUUCAAGAUUUUCCCAAAGAUUUCUCCGAGAAACAACGCAAACAGAUUCCACGGCCACAAUAUCGACGGGGUCGGUCUUGGAAUCGUCGCGGCACUCGACAAUUCCAGCUCGAGAACGAGCGUUCGCCGGUUCGGAGAACACCCGGGUAACCGACCCGGUUCCGAUCCCGUUCCCAUCAUGGUGAACAGCAGAAGAUGGAGCGAUGAUGAUAAUGAUUAUACGUAUGUGACAUGCCAUCAUGGGGCUGAUGGAUCUUGUACUAGGGUUUACAGAGAUGGGUUCGAGUGUUCCGCAAGAAAGAACCUCGAUGAACCGCCGGAAAGUUCGCCGGAGUUUGAGGGUUUGGAUUUCCUCAACGCAUGUUUCUUGUGCCGGAAGAAACUUCACGGUCUAGACAUAUACAUCUACCGAGGAGAGAGAGCAUUUUGUAGAGACGAGUGUAGAUCGGUUUAUAUAACCAACGAGGAACGAAAAGAGGUGUAGGUCGGAAUUUCCUUCAUCUCCUGACACCGCCGGCAGAAUUUCCCACGCCGGCGUUCUAGUCAUUUAGCCCUAAUUAUCCUGCUUCCGGCAACUAUAUAUAUAUACACACACACACAUACUUUACCCCAAAAAAACUAUAUAUAUAUAUAUAUUAAUAAUUCCGAAUAGAUAGAUAUGUAAGGCUAUAUACAGUAAAUUAUGAGGAAAAAAUUGAGAAAUUUUGAUGAUGUGGAAAAAUGAAAAGAUGACAUUGUGCUCUUUGUAAAGAGGACAGUUCAUGUUUUUUCUUAAUAUUGGUUCUGUACGAAUUAAUUAAAUAUAAAUAUUUGUUGGAAGCAUUCUUCGUCCAAACCCGCUGAUCAGUUUGGAGGCUUCCAAAGCCUCGGAAUGAAGCAGAGUCUCUGAGGGGUAUUUUGGGAAAGUGUAAAGGACGCGUUAUGAGUCCUAGGGUUUUCGGGUUUUCAGAACAGAUUGCGUUUUCGGU